AUGAAGCAGCAGCCUCAGCCCAAGCCCAAGCCUCCACGUCGCCUUCGACAUGCUGCCAUGAGAGACGACCAAAGACCUAAUGACCAAGGAGAACGGGCUCGAACCGAGCGAGAGGUGAAGCCCUCGCCUCGACCAGGAUCGCCCCGCGAGCCCCGCCACGGUUCCGACGCCAGAGCCCGUCAUCGCCCUUUGGCUAAACCUGAGCCUUCAUCCAACCGUCGCCACCAUUCCCGCGAUCGCAGCCGUGGCCGUGACCGUGACCGUGACCGUGACCGUGAUAGAGACCGACACCCCUCGUCUGAACCUACGCGCCGAGCUGUCGACACGGACGACCUGAUCCCUCGCUACCGAGCUGGGAGGGACCGACAUCGCGACUCCUCCGACAAGCCACGCCGCCGAAGUCGAUCCCGGUCUCGAAGUCGGGACCGCGGCGGCCGAGACUCCUCAUCCCCGAACAAGCGGCACCGGAGUCGAAGCCCUUCCUUGACCACAGCCCAUCGCAAGAGGUCCCGACGAGAUCGAAGCCCACGGGCCAGGACACGGGACUACAGCCCCGAGUCCACUUCGAGGAAGCACGGCCGGCACUCGUCUCGUGAUCGACGGAAGUCAUCACCACGUCGCCACGCCCGCUCCCCUAAAUCGCCAUCACGAGUAGACGAGACGCAAUCCCGUUUAACACGUCGCUCUCGCUCCCGUUCGCUGGCGAGAGGAGACACGGGGUCACGCCGUUCCGAUCGUGAAUCUCGGUCAGACAAACCACGCCACCGAUCACGAAGUCGCUCGGUGACACCCGAGGGACGGAACUCGUCAUCCCGUCGACCUGGCCCUUCGGCUCGUGGAGAUUACCCUGAAGUCCCGUCCAAUUCAGCGCGUGAUCGGGCCUUGGACCCUGAACGUCGGUCCUCUCAGCGGCCUGCGCCGCCGCGGUCUCCCAAGGCCGGCCGAGACCGAAGGCAUCGAGACGAAUCCCUGGACCGCCGCCAUUCCUCGAGGUCCGACAUCGACGAAGAUAUGACGUCCCGGGGUGGCCAUCGAGGAGGCUACAAUCCCCUGUACUCUCAUAAGUCGCAUCACGGGGGUGAUCCUCGGGGAUACUCUCAAUCCCCCCAACCCGGAGGCUCUUAUCAAACCUCGCCGUCACAGUCGCCUUACGGAGCCAACCGCAACGGAUGGAGUAACCAGCAAUACUCACCACAACAACAAUACCCACCCCAACAUUCCCAUGGUGGAAACUACGGUCCCCCAAAUGGACCGUCAGGACCUUACUAUUCCAACCCACCCCAUUCUCCUCCGCACUCAGCCCCCAGCGGACCCAUGCAGCAAUACCCUCAGGGCAAUUACCGUGGAGGAUAUCGCGGUGGCGGUUUCCGAGGCGGUUUCCCCAACCGGGGCGGCCAUCGAGCUGGCUUCAAGAAUGCACACUGGAGUUCUGGGAACCAAGGACCCCCCCGAGGGCAUCACGAGGAUUCUAACAAUGGGCGGUUUAACAAUUCAAGUGCACAGGGUGACAACGGCGAUGGCAACCCGGAUGCCAUGGACAUUGAAGGCACUCCCUUCCGGCCGUCUCAGAAUUCACAGGUAGAGGACGCGGACAAAGAGAGAGAAGACGAGGAUAAUGCGAUGUCGCCUCCAAACCGACAACCUCCUUCGGGGCCAGGUUCUCAGUCUCAGGCAGGCUCCUCUGGCAAAUUCAGCUUCGCCUUUAAGCCCUCCAAGCCGACCCCAGCGGCCCCGAAACCCGAGAUAUCACAAAAGUUCAACGCAGCACCGCCACGCAGAGAACCUCCCAAGGAGAACCGAGACCGAGAUCGCGAACCACCCCGUAGCGCGCCGACUGAACCUGCCUCGGCGCGUUCACGUCAUGACUUCCGCAAUCCCCCAGAUGGGCCCAGGGCCACAACAGUGAGGAUGCGAAAGGUCAAGAAGUUGAUGAGGCGACCGAAGCCCCGGCCAACCCUCCCGGCCGAUCUCGUGGACUCAGAAUCAGUAUUUUUCCGAAAGCCUGGAAACGAAUCCGUCGUCGGCUCAGGAACCUAUGGCAAGGUUUUCAAGGGUCUCAAUGUCUACACCAAAGGCCUUGUGGCACUAAAGCGAAUUCGCAUGGAGGGAGAACGAGAUGGGUUCCCAGUCACUGCCGUGCGAGAGAUUAAGCUGUUGCAGUCCCUCAGACAUAUCAACAUCGUCAACCUGCAGGAGGUUAUGGUUGAAAAGAACGACUGCUUCAUGGUCUUUGAGUACAUGUCUCAUGAUCUCACUGGUCUCUUAAACCAUCCCUCCUUCAAGCUAGACCCCGCCCAGAAGAAGCAUCUCGCCAAGCAACUGUUUGAAGGGUUGGACUACCUCCACAUCAGAGGAGUCCUCCAUCGAGACAUCAAGGCUGCCAACAUCCUCGUUAGCAAUGAGGGCAUCCUCAAGCUUGCUGAUUUUGGUCUUGCACGCUUCUAUGCCAAGCGUCAUCAGCUGGAUUAUACGAACCGAGUCAUCACCAUCUGGUAUCGGUCACCGGAAUUGUUGCUUGGAGAAACCAAAUACACUGCUGCGGUUGAUGUGUGGAGUGCCGCGUGUGUAAUGGUUGAGAUAUUCACACGGAAUGCCAUCUUCACCGGUGAUGGAACCGAGCUGAGCCAACUCGAGAAGAUUUACAACAUCCUGGGGACACCGAAUCGUCAGGAGUGGCCUGGCCUUGUUGAUAUGGCUUGGUUCGAGCUGCUUCGCCCAACUGCCAAACGGAAGAACAUCUUCGCAGAGAAGUACCGGGACAGAAUGACCGAGGCUGGCUUUGAUCUUUUGACCGCCAUGUUCCGCUACGACCCUGCCAAACGUCCCAACGCUGCCGAGGUGCUCCAACAUGCCUACUUCACUACAGAGGAACCGUCUCCACGCCAGGCAAUAGAACUCGCAAAAAUUGACGGAGACUGGCACGAGUUUGAGUCCAAGGCACUCCGCAAGGAGAACGAGCGCCGAGACCGAGAGGCCCGGAAAGCUGCCAAGGACGGCCCAUCCCGGGACAAGGAAAAGGAGAAGAAGCGUGCCAACGAAGGAAGUGACCAACAACGAGAGGCGAAGCGUGUCCAGGUCGACAAGAAUCAGAAGGCGAACCCAGGCAAGCCCCCCGCCAAAUCAUAA